AUGCCUAGGGGGAACCAGCAACCGCAGGAUCUCCACACCACCCCAGAGGGCAGCCAUCCACUCCAACCCCCUCAAAAAUGCAAUAAUCCGAGGCAGGCCCCAGAGCACACCCCUGCAGUGACCGAACAGAAGGCGACCACACCCCGGGGCAGAGGCCGGGUGGGGCCGGCUGUACGCUCACAGCCCUCCCAGUCCAAGCUCCAGGGUUCGCGCACACGAGGCCCUCCUGCAGGACAGCGGAAUCCAGAGCGGGCCAACCCCCCAGACCCACGCAAAGGCAAGGGUCAGGCCUCGGGGCGGCGUGACAAUCGGCAGCGGGCACCCUCCACCCCGAAGCCCGAACCCUCCACCCCGAAGCCCGAACCCUCCACCCCGAAACCCAAACCCCCCACCCCCAACAUGGCCCGCGGCGGCACUCAGAACUGGAGCUCUGGGGAGUCGGACGGACAGCCGGAGGCGCAGACGCCCGAGGACACCGGCGGAACCUUCCGCCGGCGCCGAAUAAAAGCCCGCGGCGGAGGCGCCGGCGGCUCGAGUGCGGCUGUGCCGGACGCGCAAGUGGGUCCCGGGCGCACGCUCCGGACGGAGCCCCGGGAGCGGCCGCGACCGAGACGGUGA